UAAGUCAAGCAGAAUUAAAGGGCAAUAUUGUAUUAAAUUCUUAUACAGCUGCAGCAUCCCUACCUCUUGCCCACUGUCAACUGCCUUCCAGAUAACUGUUCAUCUUCUGCUCCCUCUCUAUUCAUCACACACUCACUAAAAAAACUCUCCACAAAUUCGAAGAUUCUGAUUUCUAGUUUAACGAUCUGUUCCUUGUGGUAUCGAUUCGUGACAUUUCUGUUGGGGAUAGGAGUGACAAAUAUGUGGUGGCUGAGUCUGUCAAUUGAUGUUUUUCGUUGUGUUAUCUCCUUGAAUUUGUACUGCAGGGUUAUUCUAUAAGUUGUCAUUUCAUCUGUUGAAUUCAACCUAACUCUUCUUUCCAUUAUCCUCUUAUCUAUAGCUAUCGAUGGGAUCCAGUCACCUUUCUUUCUUUAAGUGUUUUAUCUUCAUCCUAUAAGUUUAGAUAAGUGAUAGAACCGUUCAAAACUAUCGUAGUUCAAACAAUUGUCGUGUUUAUUUCUGAUUCAAGUUUGUAGUCUUUUUGUCUUGGAGAUCUCGAAGUUUGUUCAAUUUGAUUUCAUUUCCUAUAGCAGAUCUGCUAGAUCUUCAUCUUUGUUUUUAGGUCAGGGUUCCACUUUUCUAUCAGUAGUUUCGCAUUUCCAUUGUUCUAACUUUCAUAGACUUUGAAGACCAGUCAAGAAUCAAAAGAAGUUAUGGUGUGCCAAUCAGCGAGCCAGACAAGAUUUAAGGCAUUAAAACAUGAGAGUGGGAUUGCUGGGAGAACAACCAUCAUAGUUAGAGUAAUAGCAUGCUUUCAACCUUUGCAGAAUUGCCAGGCUGAAUAUUUUCGUCAUUUGCUUAAACCUGUUACUUAGUUUGAUUUCGAGUUUCCGUCAUCCAAUCAAGCUAGCAAUAUAUAGUUUCCACCUUCUUUGUUUAGCAUUAUUGAAAGUAAGCUGUUUGCGGAUUAAAUUCAGACAUUAUCCUGGUUGUUGUUUUGACUGAAUGGUUACAGCCAAAGAGUCCUGUCAGCAGUUAUCUGCAUGGAAUUUACCCAAUUUGGACACACUUUUACAGCUGAGGCACAACAAUAGUUUGUCAUGUUUUCCAAAUUCUUCCUCGUAUGCUGCAAAUGUGGGUUUUCCUGGACAUUCAAUUUGUAAUUUACCUGGUUUGAAAACAGGCCAGCUAAACAGAAGUGAUGGGUUCUUCCAAAAUCUUCCUCCUUGCUGGGAGAGCUCAUCUCCUAUCAUAAACCCAUAUCUGAAAGAUUCUCAAUUUGGGUUAUCCCAUGGGAUUGGGAUGAGUAUGAAUCCUGCUGGUUCUUCUUCCACUUCCCAGAAAAAGUUCCUUAUUUUUGAUCAGUCUGGUAACAACACUAGAUUGUUCUUUAGCCCAUCGUUCUUUCCUUCUCAAAAUCAAAUUAUUGCCUCCACUGCUGCUGCUGGAGAUCAUGGCACCUUUGAAGUGGCUGUUCAAACGGAGCAAGAACAACAGUCCUUGGUGAAGCCUGUUGUUCAGGAGAAAUGGGAUGAAAAUCAUUUAACGGUAGGAAGUGAGGUGCGUGAAGACACUGAAGAAAUCAAUGCUUUGCUUUGCUCAAAUAGCACUGAUGAGUAUGAUGAAGUAACUAGCAUGGGACAUACUCCAUUCACUAUUGAAGAGAGAUAUGACAAGGACAUACAAAUUGGGGAACUAGUUGAGGAAGUUGCCAGUUCUAAUGGCUCAACUAAAAGGCAAAAAUUGCUCGAUGGUGGGUACAAGAAAUCAUCAUUGGUGGACAUGGGAGAUCCACUGGAAAUGGCUAGUCCACAAAAUUACGAGGAUGGUGAGGAAUCAAGCUGUGCUGGUGAGAACAACUUCUAUGAUGAUAUUGAUUCCAUUAAAAAAGUAAAGAAGGUUAAGAUUCGUGAGUCACUGAAAAUUCUUGAGAGCAUCAUUCCUGGGUUAAAGAAUAAGGAUCCACUGUUGAUAAUUGAUAGAGCUAUAAUUUACUUGAACUCCUUGAAGCUGGAGGCCGAAACUUUGGGAAUUAGCUACCUUUGAGUUCAUGCAAUCCUUUAUUCAACACGGGUUGUUGGAUUGGAGAUUUCCGUUGGUUGAUUAGAAUCAUUAGCAAGAAACAAUUAAGUGUGUGUUGAUUAAAUAAUUUAUGGAUUUGAAAGUGGUAAGGCGACUUUUGCUUUUCAAUUAAAGUAAGUAUUGCA